UGUAUAAAUAUAUAAAUGAAUAUGUAACUGGGUUUACGUAAAUAAUAAAUAAUAAACGAUUUUUCGGUCGAAAUCUCCUCGUGGUCUCAGCGAGCAGACAGACGUAUUUGUGGCUGCGAACGGCGACAACAAGUUCUUGCAAAAUGUUGUACAUUCUGUACGAACACGCAACUGGAUAUUCGCUGUUUCAUGUGCAAGAAGUAGAAGAAGUUGGAGCACUGUUGCCGACAGUCGAGAGAGCAAUCACAGAUGUCGCUCUAUUCAAGACCAUUGUUAAAUUGAUUGCAUUUUCUCCAUUUAAGUCGGGAACUAAUGCACUGGACAAUGCUAACGCUAUUUCUGAAGGUAUUGUUCAUGAUGACUUGAAAUUGUUUCUGGAAACUAAUGUUCCAACUGGUAAAAAAGCAAAGAAAUCAGGGUUCGAACUUGGUGUGUCUGAUACAAGAAUAACGGCAACAAUACAGGAUGAACUUGGAAUCAAAUGUGCAGUUGGGGACGCUGUAACAGAAAUAUUCAGGGGCUUGCGACUACAUUUCGCAAAUCUUGUGAAGGGUUUGACUCCACAAGGUGAGGCUAAAGCUCAAUUGGGUUUGGCUCACAGUUAUUCCCGAGCUAAAGUCAAAUUCAAUGUGAAUCGUGCUGAUAACAUGAUCAUUCAAAGUAUCGCAUUACUGGAUCAACUUGACAAAGACAUCAACACUUUUUCAAUGAGGGUCAGAGAAUGGUACUCCUACCAUUUUCCAGAAAUGGUAAAGGUUGUCAGUGAAAAUUACCAAUAUUGUCGCAUGGUAAAACUGGUUGGAAAUCGCAAAAUAUUGUCAGGUGCUGAUGAAACUUUCAUUGAAAAAAUGGAUGAAAUCACAAUGGAUUCUACCAAAUCGAAGGCCAUCAUUGAUGCUUCAAAAAUGUCAAUGGGUAUGGAUAUUUCACCAAUCGAUUUGAUCAAUAUUCAGUCGUUUUCUGCAAGAGUUAUUUCUCUGGCUGAAUAUAGAAGAUCUUUAGUACAAUAUUUACACAGCAGAAUGGAAUCUGUCGCACCAAAUCUUGCAUCGCUCAUUGGAGACAUGGUUGGGGCUAGACUUAUCUCUCAUGCAGGCAGUUUAACAAACUUGGCUAAAUAUCCAGCCUCUACAGUACAAAUUCUUGGGGCGGAAAAGGCUUUAUUCAGGGCUUUGAAGACGAAAGGUAACACUCCGAAAUAUGGUCUUAUCUUUCAUUCAACAUUUAUUGGACGAGCUGCUGCCAAAAACAAGGGAAGAAUAUCUCGAUUUCUCGCAAAUAAAUGCUCAAUGGCUUCAAGAAUUGAUUGCUUCUCAGAGCAACCGAGCAAUAUUUUUGGGGAAAAAUUAAAAGAACAAGUGGAGGAAAGACUGAAAUUUUUCGAGACAGGCGAUACACCAAGAAAGAAUGUAGAUGUUAUGAAAGAAGCUAUAGCAGAGGCUGCUGAGUUUAUAAAAACAGAAAAAAUCAAUGGAGAUGCUGCUGACGAAUCGAUGAAGAAAAAAAAGAAAAAGAAGAAAAGAAAAUCAGAAGUGGAAGAAAUGGAGAUUUCUCAAAUUGUUUCUGAUGGAGAGGAUAAUGAGGCAGCCAGUCCUGCUAAGCGUCCUAAACUUGAGAAUGAAACAUCAGCACUUGACACUUCUGAGAAGAAAAAAAAGAAGAAAAAGAAAAAGGAAGCUGCUGAAAGCGCGGAAGAAAGUAUGGAAGUUUCGGCAAUCAAUGAUUCUGUAGUGUCAGUAGAAGGUGGCGAAAAUGACAAGAAAUCAAAGAAAAAGAAGAAAAAAGCAAAAGCUGAACAAUCGAUGGCUGACACGACGGCAGAUGAAACAAUCGGUUCCGUAGGUGAUCAGAGUAUGGGAAAGAAGAAGAAAAAAAAGAAAAAAGUUAACGGGUCAUCAUUGGAGGAAGAAGUUUCAACAGCUGAUGAUACUAACGCUUCUAUCGGAGAUGCUGAUUCAUCAAUGAAGAAGAAAAAAAAGAAAGCUGCUGCGGAAACCGGGAAAAAAAUGAAUGGUUCGUCACAUAAAGAACUGGAAGAAAUGGAGACUUCGGCAGUAAAAGAGAAAAAGAAGAAAAAAAAGGCGGCCGUUAUUGUGUCAGAAGUUGCCCAGGAUGCAGACAAAUCUGCCAAAAAGAAAAAAAGGAAAAGCCUUGAUGUUUCGAAAGCCGAAAUAUCUGCAAUCGGUGAUGAUUCUGUCCUUGAAUCUGGGGAAACUCCUAAGAAAGUGAAAAAGGCAAAGAAAAAGAAAAGUAUUGCUGUUGAUGAAUAAAGAUUUGAAUAAUCACUGCUAUUCAACACUGCCAAAAUGAUGUAAAAAUCGUGCAACUCUGUAAUAUACACUAAUAGAUGGUCGGUGGUAAGACUAACUUCCAAGUAAGCUUUAAUGGAUACUGUAGACUUCUCGUGUGAUGAUUCCAGUUCUUUCAGAAAUAUUGUGAAAACAUUCCCACAAGCUCCGUUCUGAACUGAGAGGGACAAAAUAUUUCUCUCAAAAGAACAAAAUAUUUGUGCCAAAUGAUUUUGCAUAAAAUAUUUCGAAUUGCAUUGCCUAAGGAUAUUUUGUAAAUUCUACCUUUGUAAAAAAUGCAACUGUUGGAAUUGAUUUGGAUUUCGUUUGGUGGAAUAUUUUAGCUGGUAAAAUUACAUUUGAAUUGUGAAUUGGA